UAACAUUGAUGUCACUGACGUCAUUCAAACGAAUGGAAGAUUUUCAAAUAAUCAACUCCGCUGCUUAAUCAAUGUCUUUCUAAUUCGUUGAGCUAAUCUCACAGAAAUACAACCAAAAGCCUUCUAAAAGUAACGUGUAAUGUCAGGUGUAUUUGGCUGCUAUUUUUACAGGUUCAGUGAUUGUGUAAACCCUCACUUGUUGAUACGUAAUUACUAUUUAGCUGGAUAAUGAUUUUGGCAUUUACCAGUGAUUAGAUACAUAUGAAAACGCACAUCGUAAUAGUUAAGACUGUUUCUCGGUCUAUAUUAUGCUGGGGACUUUUCAAAUUUGUCACCGGUCUCAUGGAAGUACGGGAAAAUUACGAAGGACGUCGUCUAUUCCUUGUGUUUCUAAUUAAUUUAAAUCUAAUUAUAUGUGUUAAUUAUCUCGUGUUAAGAACGUUAGUCUUUGUGUGCAAAAUUGGGCCAACUGCAUGUUUGAGGAUCGGUUUUCCAUCGCCUUCCUGAUUAAAUAUUUCAUUUGAUCACAUCUUUACAUCGUUAAUUGGUUGUUCCCUUUUUAACAGGACAGGGGAAAUGGCUUUUAACCAACAACAAAUUAGUCAAUGAACUUUCCCCCAGCCUUCUUCACUUUAUGUUUGAACUUUAUAUCAAACAUUCUAGUGAUUAACGGAUGACUUUGGCACAAAACAUCUUUUGUACAUUGGAUGCAUCUGGAAUAUUCAUCAUGUUCUAAAAACUAAAAGAAAAUGUUUUAAAGAACAAAUAUAAUAACCCUACUGCUAUAAAUCUAGACUGGAAUUACUGUGAAAUAUUUGCUCUGAUUGAAGAUUCAUAGCACCAUUUCUGCAUUUCAAUCAUCUGGAGCUUCUGCAUUCUAAUUAAGCUUGAAUAUAUUUCUAAAGGAGUUUGUAGCAUCUUUAGAUAUUGAUGAAGAUCACAGUUGGUAACCAUAGCGGUAUUUGUGUAAAAACAGAAACAAGAAAACCAUUGAAAUAUUGGGAUGGACAGAGAAUAAUUUGAAGGGAUUAAUGUAAUAGGGUGAAACAGCUAAAGGAUUCGGUUUUGUUUUUAUUUCUUGGAGAAAUGUCAAAAGAUAUACAAAAGUCAUCAUAUCAGUGUGAUAUCAGUGAUAAACCAUUCUGUGAAAAUGAUAAUUUAAAAGAGCAGAAACAGAAUCCUUCGGGAGGAAAACGAUAUCAUUGUGAUAUCUGUGGUAAAUCAUACUUGAUAAAUACCACCUUAAAGAGACACAAACGUAUACACACAAGGGAGAAUCCAUAUCAUUGUGAUAUCUGCGGUGACUCAUUCUCAGAGAGUAGCAAAUUGACUAGACACGUACGUAUCCACACAGGAGAGAGACCAUAUCACUGUGACAUUUGUAGUCAAUCAUUCUCAGAAAAUGGCCACUUAACUAGACACAGACGUAUCCAUACAGGAGAAAAACCAUAUGAUUGUGAUAUCUGUGGUCAAUCAUUCUCAGAAAGUGCCAACUUAACUAGACACAAACUUAUCCACACAGGUCAAAAACCAUUUCACUGUGAUAUCUGUGGUAAAUCAUUCUCUGUAAGUAGUGCCUUAACUACUCACAAACGUAUUCAUACAGGUGAGAAGCCAUAUCACUGUGAUAACUGUGACAAAUCAUUUUCUCAAGCAUAUCACUUAACAAUUCACAGACGUAUUCAUACAGGCGAGAGACCAUUUCAAUGUGAUAUCUGUGGUAACGCAUUCUCGGACAGUAGCAACCUCACUAGACACAAACGUACCCAUACAGGAGAGAAACCAUUUGACUUCGAUAUCUGUGGUAAAUCAUUUUCUCAAAUGGGUCACUUAACAAUUCACAAACAUAUUUAUUAAGGAGAGAAGCCAUAUCUCUGUGAUGUCUAUAGCAAAGCAUUCUCUCAAAUUUCUGAAUUAACUUUACUAUUAUAUUCAUACAGGAAUAAACCAUUUUCUCAAAACUCAACUUCAGUAGACAUGUAUCUAUCUAUACAAAAGUGUAACUUUUCCGUUGUCAAAUUUCUUUACAACAAACAACAACUAACAUUUGCAGAUGAUUUUUUUUUCUGUUAAAUCCUGGAUUAUCUUUGUGGACUUUACAAUCAUCCAUGAACCUUUGGCAAUAAUCAUAUCCCUCGUGGUUGUUUCACAGCCAGAUGCCCUUCCUUAUGCCAACCCUUUUAGUAACCUUUUAUGCGGGACAUAAAAGGUUACUUGGACACAAGCUGCUUGUUAAAAUUCGUUUUAUUUAAGAAAUAACUUGUAUAACCAUAAAGGCAAAUUAUAUUGCAACCACUUGUUUUAUCUGUCUGUUGACAAUUGAGCGUGUGAAUCUCUGAAUUGGUCAACAAAAUGUUUGUUUUUUUCAAGAUGUGUUGUUCAUCACAUUUACAUUAAAUGCUUAAAACUACA